AUGGAGUGAGGACGUUUGUUGUGAGAUUUGUUUCCUAUUAUUUUUGCCUUCCGUCGUUAAAAUCUGUAUAAUGUAAUAAACUAGUUAGAAAGAAAAUCUUUUUUACUUCGUGUAGAUAGUGAUUGUGAUUUUUUUCUUAGAGUUUAGAUGUAGACAUAGUAGUAUGUUUCUUAAACGCAUAUUGGUGCCUCUGUUCUGCCUCGGAAUAGAAGUUCCGCGAACCUUGGGCGAGGAGGUUGAAAUUCGGCAAGUAGCCGCAGACAAGGGCACGAACGUUACGAUCCCUUGUGGUGGUUUGCUGGUGAUACCACCUCCCAACGUCCAAUGGGUACAUAGAGGCAAUAGGACGCACCACGAAGUGUUGCAAGACGGCAGCAUAGCCCUCACGCGAGUGGCCGUAGACGACGAAGGCCUGUACGAGUGUAGCGUAGAGAACGAGACAGCGUACAUAGACAGAGUCAAUCUCACAGUCAGAACGGAACCUCCUCCAUUGAUCAACGUCACCGUCCACGCGUCGACGAUCCUCGCAAUCAUCCUGUGGAACGUGGCGGGGGACGGCGGACACCCCAUCAUAGACUUCACGGCGCAGUACCGCUCCGCGGCGCCGGUCAACGGCUCUCUGGAGCAGUGGAGGCCCAUCAGCCCCAACCACAUCAGUCCCAACUCGAGACAAAUCGACGUAUACCACCUGGACACCAACGCGUCGUAUUGGUUCCGAGUGUGGGCCAACAAUGUGCUGGGUCCCGGGCCACCAGUCGAGGUGCUGGCGACCACGCUCUACAGUGACCAGGAAGCAGAGCUGAUGAAGCACUUCCUGGCGGGCGCGGAGUCGUUCGACACGCGCACGUGGGUGGCGGCCGUGUGCGUGGUGAUGGGCACGCUGGCCGUGCUGGCGGCCGGCACGUGCGCCGUGCUGUGCCGCGAGUGGCGCCGCACAGAUUACUCGGAAGACCAAGAUGUUAUUGAAUUAGUGCCUAAUAUAAUUUUGAACCCGGGAUUUAUGGAGUCCGAUCCGACUCGACCCCGGGAAACGUACGCAGCAUCAAUCAUCAAGUCGACGGAGUGUCCAGGGCCGGGGAAGCCUAGGCGUGUCUGAUUCUCGUCUAUACUCAACCUUAGAAUAUUCUAUAUUACCGAUUCAGGACUUUUAUCAUGAGACUAAGCAAUCGCGAGACAAAAUUGCAAGUAAAAUAUUCGACAAGAUGUGAAAAUGCUCAAACAAUCUACAUACGUAUCACCGACUAGAUUUUAGACGCUUUAAAUUUGACAAUUUUAACGGGAUAUUUCCCUUUUGGAGACUUUGGAGACUGCUAAAGGGUAGUAUUGCCAGUGUAAAACUUACGCAAUCACUUUGAAGGCAACAUACUUAGGAUUACUGUAACAAGUAUUAAAACAUAUUUUGGUCGAUUUAUCACAUGUCCGUUGAAUUAAAUUUUGACUCAAGGGUAAAGGUGGACAUAUCAAAAUGCAUCAGAAGAUUAUUUUGUGAUACUGAAUUGGAGCGAUAGAAUAUUCUAUAGUUUGUAGCGUUUAGCUAUUCGCUCGCGCCAAUCGGCCGAAUUGUACUGGCAAAUUAUUAUUUUUCAAAAUUUUGAUGGUGACAUCUCAAAAUGUUCUGUAAAUGUUGAAAAAACUAAUUUGCUGUGUCUAUUAUUAUAGAUAGCUCUAAAAUAUACUGAGAGAGAACACUUUAGUAUUAUAAGCGUUCCAUGUUUUUAAAAAGUCGUGGUGUUGCCAUUGGUGAGAAAAUGUACUAAACUAGCAAUUCAACAAUAUCUUAAUGAUUUAGGAUUAAAAUAACCGAAAAUAGUAUAGCGACGCUGUAACAAAAAUUCGACGCAUCUGAAACUACUUGGGGAUGUACCGACAAAAGCCAUAGGCGAAUUUGCUAUCAUUAUAUUCUAACUGCCUCAAGUUCCACGGCUAUUCUGCAAAAUAGUGCUUGCAAUUAGUUUUUAUAGAAACUUUACACACCGACGACGGCUUACAAGGCUGACAUAGGCUUUAUAUUUUUCAAAUAUGGCAACACCAAGUCUCAUUGUAAUUUUGAAUAAUAUUGCUUACCGUUCAAAGUAAAAUUGUUAAUGUUGCUAGCUGUAAUAAAACGUAAUUUUAAUUAUUUAUUUUUGCAACAUGAGUAUGAUAUUAUGUAUAAUAUUUUUGUAAAAGGAUCUCCGAUAAAAUUAAGGAAGUUAUUAAUAUGGCAAAGUGGUUUUUGUUUAUUAAAUUGUGAUUUUAUACUGUGAUUAUUUUCUUCCAAAAUAUACCUACGUAUGUUCAUGCUUACAUCUCCAUAUGCUUAACUUUGACAGUUGGGAAAGUGACAUUGUUUACUGGAAUAAUUAUGUUAUCACCCAUUUUUAGUAGUCACAUUAGUUCCAAAAGCUGAUGCCGUCAAAGUUACGCUUGUGGUGCUGUAUUUUUGUAUAGCAAUAGAAAGUAUGCUUUAGAAUUAUUUUUAAUAUAGAUCUUAUGGAGACUGUUUCCCAAAUAUCGUGUAAUGUAUAGGAUUAUAUUAGUAGAUAGAGUUUUAUUAGAAUAAGCUGUACACACACUGGGUGUAAUAGCCGCGCGCAUACCGCCCAGUGUAAAUUUAGCCUUAGCACGGCUUUUAUUAAAAUAUGGCUAUGCAAGGCGUGUUUUGCAGGCGAAUCAGUAUAGCGCAUCGCAGGGCAGAUCAGGUAUUUUGUUUUAUAAACAUUCAUUGAGCUAACUUCGACCAAACUUGUGUAGUUUUAAUUUAAUAAAAUUAAGUGACACAUUAUUAAACAAAAAUUAUAUAAAUUCACUAGGUAAUUGCAUUCCAAGAGACAUUUACCAAAUUGGAGUGCCUUGAUAGUUUAUUAAUGAUAGUGGUCAUCAAUUCGUUAGUACAGUACGAUCAGCUUUAAAAUUUAAAAGAAAAUUUCCUACUAUUUUUGAGCCUACUUUUUAUUUAUUAAGAUAUUUGAAAAAGCCCAGGUAAAAGGAUUUUCAUACAAGAAAAUACCUGUUUUGGUCUGCGCUGCGCUUAACUAUGUCGUCUGUGAGGGUUUCCAGCCUAAAGCUAUUGCAGUGUUAUCAGAUGACAAUAUCGGUAGUGAAUAGAAUUAUGUCGCAACUAGAUGAAGUUAUAUUACACUCGAAGGCAAUGAUGCUUAAAUUGUGAAUGUAUCUAAUUCUAAUAAAAGAAUAGGCUGUAUUCAUUUGUCAUUUAUAAAUCAUUUACAGUUUGCUCUUGAAAUAACUUGACCAGUAAAAUCAAGAUUACCUUUCUUACAGUUCUAUAAGUUUUUAACUAUUGGUUGUCUGGAAGAGUUCACUUUAGUGAUAAGAUCGCCCCUUUUUUUAAAGUAUCUCCUGUAUUUUUAUUCGUUGUAAUAUUAUUGUUAGCAAUGAAGAUGCUUAGUUAAUUAAGAAAUUUUGUUGACGACAAAUGAAUGCAGUGAGUAAGUUGUGGACUUGCAUAUGUAUAUUUUUAAAACAGAUGGACAUAUAAUAUUGUUAUCGAGUUGGAGAGCGGUUUAUUUUUGUACACGCCGCGUAAGCAUAUCAGGUAUGCCUUGGAAUUUUAAAUUUUAUGAUAAUAAUUAAAUAAUUAUCACGUAUGAAAGUGUCUUCACCUUCCUUUAUUUAGAAAACUUCUGCACCAUUGAAAGAUAUAAAUAGAUUUCAAGUGUCUAUCACAGUCUAUAACACCACCACAUUAUAAAUCAUCUAUAUAUUUAAGUUAAAAAUAUAAGAUGUCCAUUAUAUCAAUUAUUCAUAUUUCUCGUUUUAGUUUUCGUGUUGUUGCAUAGUCUCAAUAUCUUAUCAGUUUUUUAGUGAGAGCUCAAAAUAUAUUUUUUUUUAGAUGUAUCGAUAAAUCAACGAUGUUCCUCGUUGUAAUCUAACAAAUUUUAAUAGUCAUCAUACUUGUACACAAUCUUUAAAGGCACAUUUAUGUUUACCAAACAAUAAAGUUGUUUUGCUCUCGUAUUUUGUAAAAUGUUGUCAUUUCGAAUGGUGCAAAAGUUAUCGCUACACUUUUGCUUUCUACAUCUAUUGCUCAUUGCCUUUCUGUGUUUCACUACCUUUCUUAUCUAUCUCGUAGAUAGAUUUGUUGUUGAUGCUUGAAUGGAUUUUUAUUAGGUUCCUAUACAUCGUAAUUAUAUAUGUAUCUGGCAGUUGCAAGUAACAAAAAAAAAACACAUAAGUAAGUACUUAUCCAACAUAGAAUAAUUUCAUAAUCAUACCAUAAUUACACAAGUUCUUACUAAUAUGAAUAUUAAAAAACUUUUCUUUUAUUAAAACUAAACAACAAGCUAACAAUAUAAAUAAGUUUACACUAAAACAACUUUUUACUAGAAAAAGUAGAAGCUUUACGAAAAAAAUAUAAAAUUGUAAUACCUGACAACAAGUUUUGUUUUUUUGGUGUCUACGUUUUGAACAAAUUAUUGUGCGAGUCUUUUCUCUGUCAUUAGAAUUAAGGCGCCGCAUCUACCUACUGUCUACCGCAUAACGACACCCCACGACACUGUAGUUUGUCUACAUCGUAAGACUUAAGGCCCAAAGAAUCCAUCCCGGCAUCAACCACGAACAAAACUCUUAUAUUCCUAAAUAGUGUUGUGCUUGCUCUUGAAGGAUCGAAUCGAGUAAUCGAGUAGAGUCUAGACUAAGUCUCUGCAAUUAUCUGUAAUCUGUCCGUCUCGCGAACGUUAUAUAUCGUGCUAUCGUGUCAAUUACGUCUACUGUACUGUCUCUAUACGUGUAAUGUCCGUGUGUGUGCACUGCUCUUUGAAUUAUUAUAAUUUUGCACGUCCUGUGAUAUAGAUAGGUAGGCUGUGAAUUUUCACAGGAGAAACUUCGGGACAUGAUAUAAUAAGUGUACUGAGCUCGUGUCUAAAGUUACAGACACAUUACUGUGGUAUGUUGCAACGAUCGACAAGUCGGAGAACGUUGGCGAUCCUUUGGUGAUUGACAUUCAAUCAAUUCACAUGAAACUUUUUGGAUACGAAACGUUAAGGUGUGUAAUGCUCUUCCGGCGUCCGUGUUUACUACCACAUAAUAUAACUUAAUCAACUUCAAAACAAGAAGGAAUAGACAUGUUCUAGAAAAGCGCGUUUUAUUGUUGACCUAAUCAUUGCCUUCCAUAAUAGUCGUCAAGCGAAAGCCUAUCUUAUAAUAAAAAAGAGUAGUGCCAGGACAGUCUAAUUUGCAGAUUUUCAUAUUAAAUGUAUAAGCCCACGAUCACCUUCUGUCGCGUCAUGACAGAACACAACACAGUAAUGUGUUCGCACCUUUAGUCGUACGCCCUGUAACACUUGGGCGAAAGCGUUCCUAAUAGCCGUUCUUCACUUGGAUGCAAAUUGCAGCGGAAAAGCCCGAAAGAGACGCGAAACCAUCAACUGCAUCAACGAUUUUCUCGAAAUUAAAGAGCGGGCUUAACUUCUUAAUCGCGUACAAUAUCUAUACCUAAUUGUAUCAUGUCCCAAGGUAAACCAAUUUUGUUAUUUAUAUGUAUUAUCUUAUAUCUCUUUAUUAUCAACAAGAAAAUAGUCAAUUUUGAACACUCUGAUUCGCCAUACAAAUUAAAUUAAAUGGGUUCGCUACUUAACGAGUUUUAAAAUAAGUAUCAUAUCUUUUUACUGUGGUGUAAACUCCCUUGCUUGGCACCAAGCUGUAUUGCAUAUGUUAUGUCUACGGAAAGAAUUUCGGAACGAUCAAGAUGUUUAGCUCGAUUUAUACGGUAUUGUUAAGAGUUAUAGUGAUAGUAGGGUUGUAUUAGGAUAGUCGGCAUAAGAUAGCGGUAGGAAAGGCACGUAGAUUAAAUGAGCGAGAAUCAAGACUGGGCUGAAUUGAAUUGAAUUGAAUAUCAAUUAAAUUGUUUUCAGGCAUGCAAAUAAACUACUGUGUUGUGUUGCAGUAUAUCAUGACUCUAUAUAUUCUGUCGUGACUAUCGAUCAAACUAGGUAUUACAUUUUCAUAUCUAUAAUUUUGCGCUCAGAAUUAUAGCUAAUAUUGGCUAAUAUCUCCUUUUAUUGGUCAAUUAUUAGGCGAGUGUAGAAAGGCACUGAGCGCCUUUGUGUUACUAAGACAUUUUGUGCCUUUUCAAACUCAUGCGCUUAGCCACAUUGGUUGACGUUUCGGAAUACACCACGAAAUUAUGACUCCGAUUGCUUUCACGAUCAAUCUGAUCGUGAAAGCAUCACAAUCGAUCUGAUCACGACACCCCACAACACGGUAGUUUGUCUACACCUUAAGGUUUGGAAUUUGGAUGUUUAAACUGUACAAUAUAUUGUUUGUUGUGUGAAUUAACAACAGCGCUUGACACCUGCCGCUUUUGCACGCAUGCACGUUUUUUUAAUGCUUUAUUUCAUGAAACUUAUCCAAAAUAAUAUACCUACGCUUAACGAUAGUCGGCAAAAAUAAAAAUAAAAUAUUGCGUAACACACGUUAAACUGUCUCAUUUUAAAUCGUGCGUGAUAAGAACAUUUUUUUCAGUGUCUUGCCAAAAUAGUGCAUGUCACCACAGUGUUUUAAAAAUGUUUUUAAUUUUUCGUAUUAUUUUUGUUAUAUUAUAUAUUUGUAAUUUUUGUUUUUAUCUCUAAAGUCAAUGUACCUACUUUAAUUGUUUUAAAUGUCGUAGUGAGUACCCAGCUUGCGGUUCUUGUGUAGUAAAAUGGCCUAAGCUUUUCAGCCAUGUAUCAAAAAUACUUGUCUUUGGUCUAAAGAGCAGCUAGUUUAUCACCAAAAUGUUAAAUAAAAAUGAAGGCCAAAUCAUAUUUUUUGAAACGUUCUUGCGUUGGGAGUAUGAUUUGAUUCAAGUUUCAACACGCGGCUGGUUUCAAAAGUAUGAUUCUGCCUUAAUCGUAAGGCCUGAGUAAAGUGUUAAGCGAGGCGGGGCGUGUACGGUUCGUCUCAACCACAUGCGUUCACACACAAAAGCGUAAUGAGUUGAAUAGUGGUGUCCAGACACUACAUGCUCUAUUGUUGGUUUGACAGCACGCUGCACGCCCCACAGAACGCGCCUUACUCAGGCUUUACCAUAAAGCUGCAAACACAUCACUGUGUUGUUACGAAACCUAUCGGGGCUAUCAACCAUUCAAAGCGCAUUUCGAGUAACAGUCGUGCGUGCACGUGUUUAUAGUAAGCUUUAUGACACCGAUGGCAGUCUGUCGCAUCACAACACACGACAACACAGCAAUGUGUUUGCGCCUUAAAUCAUUUACUUUAUAUUAAAGUAAUUUUUAAAUUAAGGUCGCCUUUUAUAAGCACGUCCAUGUGAUAGGGCAGCGAAAUGGUUAUAACGUUACUUUGCCAUUGUAUCUCUAAUAGAUAAGCGUAUGUUACCAAAAUAUUUGAUUGAUUGGCAAUAUUUUUCUAUCGUAUAGGUUAUUUUAAGGUUAGUGUAAAGACUCAAUCUGAAGGGAAAGGCAGAAUGUAUUUUUGGUGCGGAUUUUAUUGUAAGAAAACUUGAAAUCAAAGCCUUAAUAAUUUUACUGGAUGAAAUAGUGAUAGUAACUUGAGUACGUUUUUUUAAUGUUUUUUUGUGUAUGGUGCAUAUUUUUUUAAUUGCAAUAUUCGGCAACGGCCUCUAGCAUUUCUGCCUUUCGUCUUCCGAUCUUCCUAUUUAUUAAGCUAAGCAUAAAAAACCGUAUCUGACUUCAGUACGCAGCUGUAUUUGAGCGUCGAUGCCACUGUCAGAAUUCUAGAGUUCUGAGUUCUGCAAUCCGCUAUCAGAACUGACCUUUGACCAAUCAGAAUCCAACAGCUAUUGUAGGUUUUUCAGAAAACUGACAUAUUUUUAAAUCUCCUCUGUGUCUCCUAAGCUACUCAAUAUUGGAGAAGUGUAGUGUCUUAGUUGGGAUUUAAAAAGCUGACAUGUAUCUACGUAUAAAAUAUAAUAUGCUAUGUCGGUUCUGAUAUUUUUCUAUAAAUUAAAUUAUAAAUUGUGCAUAGUUUUCUUUUCAACAUUGUUAAAGAAAAACGGAAACAGAUAUUACAUUGGUAAAAAAAUAUGUAAAUACCUAGUCUAUAGGUAACUCAAUGACUAACGGUUCUGGAUUCUAGCCCUUUAUGGAACACAAGACUCUGGACUUGGACCUCUAGUGGGAUUAACGUUUUGUAGUUUUUAAAACAAAACGCUUUACGUGUUAAAUAAGAAACAUAGAUAAUGUACGAUCACAGUUCCAUAUGAAAUCAAUCCACAUAAAAUAUUUCGUUUAAAAGAAAAUCUAUAACCUAGCUAAUUUGUGUUUAAUUUUGUGUUCAUGAACAUUAACAGUGUAUUUUUCUAAUAAAACUACAUUAUGAACGGCGUAUUGUUGAAACUUUCAAAUAGGUUCCGAUUUAUUUUUUAAGAAACAGUAGUUAAAUAUAAUUGUCUAAACUGUUGUAUUGUUCGACGGAAAAAAAACUAUAAAUGUGAUUCAAAUCGAAUUAUCAGAUUGUUCCGUUAAAUACUCAGUAAUAUUAUUAUUACAAUGAAUCUCAUUCCGACAAUGUGUUGUGUUGUUACCUAUUAAUAUAUUUUUUAUCAAAAGACAUUUUGAUUUUUUAACCCGUACAAUUUAUAAAUAUGUUUUUUUAUGUAUAUGUAUGUGGGUUAGAGAUAAGUACCUACAUUAUUACAUUACAGCAUAAAAUUGAAACUUACACUUUACCGAAAUAUUUAGAUGAUAAGUUUUGCUGUCAGUCUAUCCAGUCACUAUCUGUGACCUUGCUGUGAUGGGUGAAUAACCUACCGUCAUUGACUGUUUCUUGCAUGACAAAUAUUAUCUAGAUACCUUAAUCUCUGUUCUACCUAUCAUCUGAUGCAGAAACUAUCAUCUAAAGAACGCCUGUUGUUCGCAUAAACGCUCUUAAUAACGAAAACACAUUACUAGGUUGUGUUGUGUUGUGUUGCAACUUGCAAUCUUUUUAAAUCAGAUUGUGUAAAGUAGAUAGUACUGCGCUCUAGACGAAUAAUUCCGAACAAAAAAUUGUAGGGUUGCAACUGGUUUUGCUUACAACUUGAUGCCCAGUGUCAUACUAAUUCUGACAGCUUUAAAGAACACGAUUUUUAUUUAAAGCAGACCUUUCGUAAGUACUAACUACUAAUUUAGUUCGGUGGUUUAACGCAAUCCAGCACGAUGAUUGCCUUCAAGCGAGCUUCAACAACGCGUCAGAGCGCCACACAGUAGACUACUGCGCACUGAGCAAUUUUUUGUAUAAAAUGUAAAUUAACUCCAAUUCUAUUCCAUCAUACUAUGUCACGACAGUUAACAACGCAGUAAUGUGUUUUCACCUUAAAUUGUGAUCGUCGCCGUUGCAAAAUAAUAAAACCUGUUAUUGUGAUUUUGGAAAUCCUUCCCAUUAAAAUACAUUUUACACAAA